ACUGGAAAUGCCUUCUCUGCAACUCUUCUUCGGUGGCACCGCGUGUUAGUCACACCGCCUAUCCUGGACAACAGCACUCCGUUCUCGUCUCUCCGGUGUACGGAGUCCUUCAUCCUUCCCCAGUUCCUCCCUCCAGCGGCACUGCGGCAGGGGCUGGUGCCGCCAGCGGCCAGCCAGACAGUGCAGGUUAGCUUUGCAGGCGUGCAGGCCAUUGCAGACGGGCGAAUCCGAUUGCUAGGGCAGGCGGAGCACAACCACUGCAGCGGAGACGAUUCCCAGCUGGCCGGGACGCCGAGUGGCUUCUGGCAAGGGCUAAGGGGUCUCUGGCACCCCUUGGGCGGAGGGGUGGGUGCAUUCAGCGACUGCUCCGGUCGCUUCAGUAGUGCAGCCAGCCUGCAAGCGAACGCUGCAGCAGAGCGACGGUCCCAAACACGCGGCCCAGCCAUGAGGCCUGAGCGGCGCCCGCGGAGAAAGCCAGCCUGUCGGGUCCUCACAUUGUGA